UUUUGUAAGUUUUAUUUUUAAAGGUAUUGUGUAAUCUGGGAUUACUAAACCUGUCGUUCUCAUGACAGAAUCAAAAAGGAAUAUCAGGUUAACUUGGUGAACCAAAUUAAAGCACGGUGAAAUUUCGCAGCCAGUUAUGGACACGAACGAGCACGAUCCUAGCGAUGGCGAAUGGUAUCUGGAUCCUGAAUCACUGUACCAGAACCUGCUAGCCCAUAAGAUGAAUCUAGAUUUGGGAGCAGCUUCGAAACAAUCUGGAGAUUCUGCUGCUGAAAAAGCUCAAGCCUUACGGACUCUUCUAACUACGAACUCGUUCAGUGAGCAAACAAGCGAUUCCCAAUCCGGCUGGCACAUGGAGCGACUGGAGAAGUACACCGCGUUGAUGGAUGGGACAAUAGAAAACGGCGGACUUAACAAUCACCGGGGUGCUGUCGAGCAGCGUUUAACGGGAGUCAAUCCAGUCCAUUCGACGUGGAAAGUCGAAGAAAGCAUCCCGAGCAUGCCCACCGACGCCGAUAUUGAAGAGCAUAUUUUGUCGGCUGAACAGUUCCGAGCUGUUUACCAAGAUCCGCUGAAAGCAGCUCAGGCGAAAUUUUCAAGUGGAAUUCAGCCCGCAAGAGUUGUGGCGAAGCGAAAAGCCGUACCAGCGAAUUCCGGCUUCACCGUUCCCAGGAGAGACACUUCGCGAAUUAAUAAUCCCGCUGUUUUGCCCGAAAAGCUCGGACACAGUCAGAGUGGCUCUGUUGAAGGGCCGCGCCCACCUGAAUCGGAAACUGUUGCCGCACCGUCCUCAUUCAAAACUGCCAAAGAACAGCUGGUUGUUGAAAUGGUCGAAAAGGGUGAGACUGUUCCGGCUGAAUUGAAGGCCGGAGCGCGCCCUUUGUCGCAGCCUUUUGUAGCACCCGUGUCUGAGCGAAAUAGACUUCCGCCUAUGGCAGCGAAGUCCAAGGAUGAAAACGAAAUGUCAAAACUAGUGGAGAUGUUUGAAGAAUAUGUGGUCACUCCGGAAGACCUUUGCGAUGUGGGGGAAGUAGUUGGUUUGGACGAUGUGAAACAAAAUCUGGAGCUGUCCGUUAUUUUGCCGUUAAUGGUGGAGUGUUCCGGACUUAAUAUACCACCCAAAGGACUUUUACUGUUUGGCCCACCCGGAACCGGGAAGACACUGAUUGGUAGGUGGGUUGCUGCGCAGUUGGUGAAAGGAAAUGACGAUUGGAAACGGACUGUGUUUAUCUCUGUUACCCCAUCAACCCUCACAUCGAAGUGGACCGGGGAGAGCGAGAAGUUAGUGCGCGCCAUGUUCCAGUAUGCCCGUACGAAGGCGCCGGCUGUCAUUUUAUGGAUGAAGUCGAUGCCCUUUUGA